AUGAAUUUGAAUAUGAAUGAGAUUGAGAAUGAUGGUGUUGUUGGAAAUUGGUAUAGUUCAAUUGUUCAUCAAGUUUCAAUCUAUGGUGUUGCUGCUGGUUACUGUUUAUCUGCAUCUUUACUGUCAAUUAUCAACAAAUGGGCUGUCAUGAAAUUCCCUUACCCGGGAGCUCUCACCGCUUUACAGUACUUCACGAGUGCGGCCGGGGUUUUUCUCUGUGGAUGGUUGAAGCUUGUCGAGCACGAUAAGCUUGAUCUGAUGACAAUGUGGCGGUUUUUACCAGCUGCUGUGAUUUUCUAUCUGUCUCUUUUUACGAAUAGUGAGUUGCUUUUGCAUGCUAAUGUGGAUACUUUCAUUGUGUUCCGAUCGGCUGUUCCAAUUUUCGUUGCGGUUGGGGAGUCGGUGUUUUUGCACCGUCCGUGGCCGUCUUUGAAGACAUGGGCUUCGUUGGGUACGAUUUUCGCGGGGAGUGUGCUAUAUGUUGCGACGGAUUAUCAGUUUACGUUCGCGGCUUAUAUGUGGGCGGUGGCGUAUUUGGUUAGUAUGACGAUUGAUUUUGUUUACAUAAAGCAUGUGGUUACGACGAUUGAGUUGAACACGUGGGGUCUUGUGUUGUACAAUAAUAUUGAGGCUCUUAUGCUUUUUCCAUUGGAGUUGUUGAUAAUGGGUGAGUUGAAGAAGAUAAAGCAUGAGAUCAGUGAUGAGUCUGAUUGGCACUCGUUUUCUGUGGUUUUGCCUGUGGGGCUAUCGUGCUUGUUCGGUCUUGCUAUCUCUUUCUUUGGAUUUUCGUGCCGCAGGGCUAUUUCUGCAACUGGAUUUACUGUUCUUGGUAUAGUGAACAAGUUGUUGACAGUUAUGAUUAAUUUGGUGAUAUGGGAUAAGCACUCGACGUGGGUCGGUACAGUGGGUCUUUUGAUCUGUAUGCUAGGUGGGGUUCUGUAUCAGCAAUCAACAAGUAAACCGAGAGAUGUAAAGCCGGUAACUGCACAAGAAAACGAGGAAGAACAACUAAAGUUGCUUGAAAUGCAAGGCAAGUCUGAUACCAAUAUUACUGAUGUCGAAGAUACUAAAUCAAGGGAGGGAAACUGA